AUGUCCAAAUCACUGGACAAUGUUAUUCUGGCUAAACAUUUUGCCCAAAAAUACGGAGCCAAUGUUUUACGAUAUCUUAUUCUUAAUAGUCAUUAUAAUCAAGUAAUCAAUCUUAGCGAAGAAUUAAUUCAGCAAGCCGUCGAUUAUAUUCAAAAAAUUAAAAGCUUACUCAAAAAAAUGAACUUUUACUUAUAUAUAGAAAAAAUAAAAAUCACUAGCACACGAGAAACUCCCGAGCGGGGGGAAGAAAUAAUUAAUAGUUUACUGAAUAAUCUUAACACUGUUAAG